AUGGUUUUGAUAGAAAACUUAAGACAAAACUUGUCACCAGCUGAAAUCCAGUUUCUUUGCGAGAAUGAAAUGAUCUCAAUUCUUCCGCGAUACUCCAUGCCUAAAUUGGAUCUCAUAGCCGACAGAGUUCCUCAACUUAAAGGAAUGAAAAGGGUUGAGGUUCCGCUUUGGAUAGCUCUUAUACUCAAGGGUCAAGGAAAGUGUAAUAUAAUAAUACCUGACUGGUUGAAUCAUGAUCACUUGUCAGAGAUCUACGAGCAAGAGAGAAAGUUCCCGCAUAUGUUUUCCAAACUACCAUGGAAUUGGAUAGAGCUAGCGAAGAUAAUGCUCACGAAAGCCGCGGAUGAUCUACAAGAUUCAAGCACCUAUUUACGAUCGAUACUUCAGGACUUGAAAGAGUUGAGACAGCUGAAAUCGAAACGAGGACUACGAGAAUUAAACGAGUCAAAUAUUCAACUUAAUGGCCUUUCGUUGAUGGAAAUCAACGAGAUGAGGCCUUUUGUUUUGGGUGUGAUGGGAAAAUUGAGAGAAUUGCAUGAGAGCACCACCGUUGAAGAGGGGGAAGGAGAAGGGUCAGAUUUUGAGUAG